UCCAAAAAUUUCUCUUGCAAUCCGAAAAAUCCGACUGAGGUGAUCAUGUAUUCAGGUCAUAAAGUAUACUGCAUGCAGGGUCAAGUCUGCAACGUACACAAUGUCUAUCCAUGCAAUCCAUGCAUCUAUGAUGAUUACAAAUGCGUAGGUAAUCACGAAUGCGAUAACGACGAUCUUAGUUCAGUGUACAUUGAAAACAUGAAAUACAAGUGCGGCGAAUAUAAUGAAUGCAAUAUUCGUGACGAGAACUUAUGCGAACCGUGUAUUGAGAAGAAAUGUCCAGAACCACGUUUCUUCAGAUGCGGAAAGGACAAAGAUACAGCAAUCAUUUUUAAUUUUGUGGUUCCCUGUGUCAAAGGAACUGUUUGCAACAGACAUUAUAAGCAACCUUGCAAACCAUGCAUUCAAGAGGUAGAUGAUGAUGAUGAUGAUGAUGACGAAGAUGAUGACAAUAACAGUGACUACGAUUAUUAUUCUGAUGAAUAUUAUAAUUAUUUUGAUGAGAUGCACCAUUAG